AUGCAGCGACUGUGUGCACAUGCGCUGAUCUUGGUGCUGGCUCUGGCCGCCUUCUGCGAAGCUUCUUGGAAGCCCCACUCCCAGCCGCAAGACGCGCCUGUUGCUUCAGGGGCCAUUAGGGGCCAGGAGCCACUCAGGAUGGACCGGCUGGGCCCAGCCUCGCACCCCCGGAGGCAGCUGGGGCUUCAGGAUCCGCCACAUGUGGUCGCAGACCUGUCCAAGAAGCAGGGGCCAUGGGUGGAGGAAGAGGAAGCAGCUUAUGGAUGGAUGGACUUCGGCCGCCGCAGUGCUGAGGAAGGGGACCAACAUCCCUGA